AUGGGCGACCCAGGUAUCGUGGCGAGCAACAUGUUCGACCGCGCCGUGUCCACCAACCCAUUCCGCAACAAUGCACCACCCUUCCCAUUACCAUUGAAUCUGAUCGCCUUCGUCUUGUCAUAUGUCCGCCUUCGCUCCUACGAUCAUGUCCGCUAUGAUACAUCGAGUGGCCGGCCGGAAGGCGGAAUCGUAUGUCCCUUUUCUACGGGCCUCAAUGUGCUAGUGUCAAGAAAUGUCGGCGCGUAUAUCAAGAGAUUUGAGCUCUGUGGAGAAUUUGUGGAGCAUGAGCCAGAGGAUCAUGCAAAAGCGCGCAGGAUACCAGACGAGAGCAUGCUAUUGAGCAGCCUCGUAAGAUGCGCUAUCGAGAAAAUGCCUGUCCUGGAAGAGUUCAUCUGGGAUCUGAAUGUGAAGAUGUUGCCUCAAAUUUGGCAAUUACUCCCGCAGAAGCACACAUUGAAGAGCGUUACCGUUAGAUUUCCAACGAAGCGGCACCCAAGACCUAUUGCGGUCAUACCACCCAUCCCAAAUCUCCAAAUACUCAGGAUCACAAACAUUGAUCCCCUCUGUCACGCAGAUGAUAUAUCCUUCCUCCUUCUUGGCUCCAAAAAACUUUGCCAUCUUACACUACAUUUCUCGCCCAGGAUGCUAGAGGCUAGUGAACCCAGCGUACAUUUGGCAUCCUACUUCGGCAAAGUUGAAGCGGCUGGCUACACCAUGCCAUUGAAGUCGAUAGCCUUACACAAUCUUUUCACCUUCAAUUGCGGAUCCUGUGGAACUAUCUUAGACAUGUCCGCCAUUGAAGAAGCCACCUACCUCAACUCCGAGAGUGGCCGCGACAACGGCAACACGGUCUUCUACUCAGGGCAGCCAGAACUGCCCGGCGCGUCAAUGCCAAAAUUGAAAAUGAUCCGCAUGAACGGCAUCAAUCAAGCAACAUGCAAUUUUUUUGCUCGUGUCCCGCCACUGCAGUAUCUCUACCUUGCCGAACCUCGAUCCCGGAAAGUUGCAAGCACAUCUGGAUCCGGCCCAACGCCGCCAUCGAGCAGCACAUCUACCCCUCCCGAUAACAAUGAUCAUGUCUCCACCUCCUCAAUCCAGGCGCUCAAAUCACAGUAUCUGGACACUAUCGUGCACACCCACGGCCGCACCCUUCGCCACCUCCUCCUUCCCCCGCAAUUCCGCCUUAAUGCAGACGAAUUCACCAUGAUCAUUCGUGCGUGUCCAAAGCUAGAACAGCUAGCCGUCGGUGCCCACAUGGACGUCUUAAAACACAUGCGUCUUCUGAUUCCGUUUUUGCAGAAAUUGAGGGUUUUGAGGCUCCUUGCCGACGACGAUGAUGAGGGGGAGGGUGGUGGUUUCGUAGAAAAGAUGAGGGAGGCUGAUGCAAAAGGGUUGCAUGAGAAGAUGAUUGGAGCGGACACUGCGGGGAACGAGUGGCAGAAUCUGCAGUGGAUUGAUCUUGGGGCGGCAGAUCUGCUGUUCGAACUGGGGGGUUGCUAUGAGGUUGAUGAUGACCACCAGCGGGAGACGGGUCGAGAAGAGUGCGCGGAACAAGGAAGAGGGGAAAGUGAAGCGAGUGGCGAAGGAGAACAUUGGCAGCGCGGGGAGCGCUGUGAGAGAAAGACUGGCGUCGGUAAAUGGAGGAGACGGGUGGCGAGGCGGAAUUGGGAGGAUGUACGAGAUAUUGAGGUUUGGAAGAUGGCUGGCAGCGAUAUCUAG